GGUUUUGUUCGCUGAGGGAUGCGGGGAUUCGUCUUCCCGGACAAUUAUAGUUUAAUGUCACUAAUCUUCUGCACUGUUUCAUUUGCACGUUUCGAUAUUUCAGUUUACCGUGGCCUGCUUGUGUCAGACCCACCAAGCGGCAGAUGUGUUGUUUGAGACGGUGUAGCCUGCUGCUUGCUAACCAUCACAACCCAGGAGUAAGCUUUGGGGACCAUGCCUCCGCCGGUGCCAGCCGCAUCUCUGUCGCUCAUGGCCCUUCACUCAGAGUCACACAAGGACAGCAUCUUGAGUAAAUUUGACAGGCUCAGGAAAAGGGACCUCCUGUGUGACAUCACGCUUGUGGUCGAGGACAUGCACUUCAAGGCGCACAAGGCUCUACUGGCAGCAAGCAGUGACUACUUCUCCCUCAUGUUAACCGCAGAGGAUCAAAUCAGCCAGUCCACCUACCGACUGGACGGCAUGGUAGCCAAGACCUUUAGUGCGGUGCUGGAGUUCAUCUACAGCGCCCAGGUGUCUGUGGAGGAGAGCGCCACCGAGCAGCUCCUGGUCAUGGCCCACUUUCUAGAGGUCAGUGACCUCGUCAAGGCCCUCACUGAACUGAACACCACGAGCUCCACUGCAUGUGCCGGAGGUGAGGAGGUGAGCGCUGACAAAGCCGAGGUGUUGCAUAAGUCAAAACGCAAACGAGGCCGGCCGAGGAAAAAUGUGGACAGGCCUGUAACGGUGCCGGUGGUUUCAACUGAGGAAGCCAACAAAGAGACGAGAAGAGGCCCGGCGGACGUUUCAAAGGACACCGAGGUUGUAGAUCACUCCUCUGUGGACUGCGAUGAUGGAGAUGAAUAUCUGCUUGAGGCGCAACCGCAAGACUCUGAUGAUGCAGACUACAACCCAAGAGUGCACCACCACCGGCAGAGCAAACGCAAAAUCAGGCCACCGUUGAAAUUUAAAGGCUACAAGGUGGGCAGCGACACAGCAGGAGGCAGAGAGCCAGGGAAGAGAGGCAGGAAGAGAAAAUACCCCAACACUGAGGCGCGAUGCGAGGACUGUGGGAAAGUGUUUAAAAACCACCUGUUUUUAAAGAUACACCAAAGGACUCAUACAGGAGAGAAGCCUUUCCGGUGCCCGGUCUGUGGGAAGUGUUUUACCCAGAAGCACACUCUGCUCGUUCACCAGCGCAUGCACACGGGAGAAAAGCCGUUCGUCUGCACUGUCUGCUCCAAAGCCCUGUCCACCAAGCACUCCCUGCAGGAGCACAUGAACCUGCAUGAAGAACAGAAAUCCUUCAGCUGUGAUAAAUGUGGAAAAACCUUCAGUCAGAAAAGGCAACUUAAAAGCCAUUACAGAGUUCACACGGGAAAAUCGCUGCCAGAAUGUGCCUUGUGUCAUCACAAGUUUAUGGACACGGCUCAGCUGAAAAAGCACCUGAGGACUCACACAGGUGAGAAGCCUUUCACGUGUGAGAUCUGUGGAAAGUGUUUUACAGCCAAGAGCACGCUGCAGACACACAUCAGAAUACACAGAGGUGACAAGCCAUAUGACUGCAGCAUCUGCAACAAGUCUUUCUCAGAUCCCAGUGCGAGACGGCGACACGUCGCCUCCCACUCAGGGAAGAAACCUUUCACUUGCUCCUUCUGCAGCCUCUCCUUCACCCGUCUGGACAAUCUGAAAACACACACCAAGACUCACAACAAGGAGAGAGUUGCGACUGCGGAGGCCUCGUCAGACGCAGCAGCAGUGUCGGGAGCUGCGGCGCCAGAGGAGGUGCGCAACAUCCUGCAGCUCCAGCAGUACCAGCUGCCGCCCAGCUCCGAACAGGAGAUCCAGCUGGUGGUCACGGGAGAUGUGGACAACAUUAAUUUUGUCCCAGGACAGGAACAGGAGAUCAGCAUCAUCACCACAGAGGGCGGGACUGCAGAUUCGUCCCACUCCAGACUGACGUUGUUAACCCAGCCGACGGGACACAUGCAGAACGUGGCUCUGGUCACUCAGGGUGGAGUGGUGGACCAGACCCCACAGAUUCAGACUAUCAGCGUGCUGGAGGGCCAGAUGACCCACAGUGGCCAGUCUGAGCAGAUGCAUGUUAUUACCCUGAGUAAAGAGGCUAUGGAGCACCUACAGGCCCACCACGGUCCUCCACAGCCCCUUCAGAUGGGGCAGAGGCCCGUGGAGCAGCUGCAGGUGAUGCACCAGCCCCUCCAGCAGCUGGAGCAGGGACCCUCGCAGGGGCAGGUGGGCAGGGAGCAGCACAGCCAGGCCAUUCACAUCAACAGCCAGAGCAGCCAGCCCAUCUCCAUCAGCCAGACCAGUGAGCAGAUCUCCAGCCACCACAUCCAGGGCCAGACGUUCCAGAUUCAGGCAGGAACCGUCUCCUACCUGUACACCACCAGCCUCCCUCAGGACAGCUGAGGUUAAGGCUUCCUGCUGAUUGACUGGAGUUUUCCCAAACAAUAAUGCAGCUACAGUGUACGCUCGAGGUGUAACGAUUCAUUAAUCGCAUCAGUGCAUCAAUUAUAAAUUCAGUCGAUUCAACCACAUUGAUCUGCAAAAAGAAACAAAUGGAAUGAACUGACCUCGGCUUGAAUCAAUAUUAAAUGCUUUGAAUAAAAUCCGUCUUAAAAAGACCUAAUAUUGCAGGGAUCUAAAAGAAUACAAUGAGUGUGUGUUGUGUUUAUUUUAUGGGCAUUAAAUCGUAGCUAAAGGUACUGCACCAGACUGUUGAAUCCAACUGUGGUUUAUGCGCUCAAAUCAAAUGAUUCCACAACAGGAUUUUUUUUUUUUUUUUUUAAUUGAAUUGCCAACAAGUUAAACGUGACUUGAAUUAAAUCUCUGUUAACAAUAUAACAGUUGUAAAUAAGCUUUUAUAAGGCUGUGAAUGUAUUGACAAUAAAAGGUUUUGUUGUUGAAUGA